AUGUGUUCUGCCAUUUUCAAUCAAAUAGAAUCGUUAAGCAACGAAUUAUUACUUGACACUUUUGAAUAUCUUGAUGCAUACAAUUUGUAUCAAGCUUUUUAUGGAUUGAACCAUCGUAUUAAUGGUCUUCUUCAAUCGGCUCAUUUACACAUUAUCUAUGAUUCGUCAAAUGAAAAUGAAAGAGAUUGGGAUACACUUAAAUCAUUUAUCAAUCCAUCACAAAUUCGUAUACUAUCAUGUUAUAAUGAUGUUAACAUUGAUACUCAUUUUUUAUCUUCUGCUAAAGAAAACCUAUGGUCAGUUCGUUUACGUGAAAUAAAUAGUCAAUCGAUAAGUACAAUAUUUCAACAUUUUCCAAGUGGUAAUCAAAUUAAGUGCUUAUCUAUUAGAGAAAGUUGGUGUUCUUCAAAUCCAACAAGUCAUUCUCUCUUUUAUUUUAUAUUAGUCGAUAAUGCUGAUCGUUUUACCUCACUUAUUAACCUUUCAUUAUCAUGUGCUCAUUAUGUAGAUGUUUUCCCUACUGUUUCAGUUCAAUUCUUACAGCUUCGUCAUCUAUUGAUUAAUAACUGUUAUUGGUCAACAAAUUUACUUCAAUUUCUUCAAAAUAAUGUACCGAAUCUCAAAUCACUAAAACUUUUUGGAUACUAUAACUUAUUGAAUGUACCACCAGAUUUUGCUUUGAAACACAUUAAUGAACUGCAUAUGAAUCACCCCGAUAACUUCAUCUGUCUUCAAAACAUACUUUCUGUGUUUCCUUGUUUACGACGUCUUUAUAUAGAUCAGGCAAAUAAUAGACGUCUUCCAGUUAUUAAUGGUGUUCAAUGGCAACAGCUAAUUGAAAAGUAUUUGACUAAUUUAAGACAAUUCACUAUUGAUUAUGGUGAUGGCAUUGAUGAAGACAUUGUGCAAACAUUUUAUACAAGUGAGUUUUGGUCAACGAAAAACGUCAAGGUUAAGAUGAUAAUAAAUAAAACACAAUCUCGAUAUCGACUUGUCAAAACAAUUUAUUUCGGCCAACAAUGGCAGUUUAGAUACUGUAAUAACUUUGAUUUGUAA